CGGAAGUGGUUGUUGGCCUCUGCAGGGCAACACCCCGGCGUCCCUGGAAGCGGGGAGCCGGGGUGGUGCUGGGCAAACGGCGCAGAGCCAUCGCCCCAAGGCUCCCGGGGUGGGGGACAGGAGUUUGAUCCCACAUCAGUCAUGGCGGGACGACCCAUCCGUAUAGGAGACCAGCUGGUUCUGGAGGAAGAUUAUGAUGAGACCUAUAUUCCCAGUGAGCAAGAAAUUCUUGAAUUUGCCCGAGAGAUUGGUAUUGAUCCCAUCAAGGAACCAGAACUGAUGUGGCUGGCACGGGAGGGCAUUGUGGCCCCACUGCCUGUGGAAUGGAAACCAUGCCAGGACAUCACAGGUGAUAUUUAUUAUUUCAACUUUGCCAAUGGGCAGUCCAUGUGGGACCAUCCAUGUGAUGAGCACUAUCGGAACUUGGUGAUCCAAGAGCGAGGGAAGCUGUCAACUUCUGGGGCCAUUAAGAAGAAAGACAAGAAAAAGAAAAAGGAAAAGAAAGAAAAGAAGGACAAAGAGACCUCCCAAAGUCCCCUGGAAAUACAGCCUGAUCAGGGACUUCUACCUUCUUCCUCCUUUCUUCGUGGCCCAUCCCCUCUCCCAGCACCUGGGCUUGCUGAUUUGGACCUAGACCAAGAGAUGCAGGCUAGAAGUGAGGGCUCCUUUAAGAAAGGGAAGAGCCCAUACAUGCUGGGUGACACCCCUCGGCCUCUCAUGGGUGCCUUCCCCAGCAAACUGCAGCCACUCUCCAAAAAUCAAGCUUCCCGAACCCACCAGAUCUUUGCCGAUGUGGAGAAAAUCUUAGGCAGGGCUCCAGCGCAAUGCAGGACAGAAUUAGCUCAUCAACAGGGUCUGGAGACACCCCAGAAGGCAACAGAGAAAAUCUACCUGGGGUUUUCAGACCCUGAAAUAGAAGAGCUGGAAAUGAGGACCAGACAGCAGAAACCUGGUGCCCUGUGCCCUCAGAACACUGGACUCUGGAAUGAGCAGGAUGUGUUAGAAAGCAGGAGCCAGACCCCUGUCCACUCUAAGCUUUCUGAAGCCAUCAAGGACUCACAGCUAAAAGGGGAGCAGCACAGCCACAGCAUAACCACACUGAGCUCCACUGGCCCUGCAGGGGACAAGGGUCAGAGCCCCAUUCCCUUACUAUCCCCUGAGGAAGAAUCCUCCCUGUCCCAGUGUUCUUCUGACCAUAUGCUGCCUAUGAAAAAUAAUAAUCUCUUUUUAUUAGAUAACAGCCCAGCUAAAGACCUGAACUGGCAGGGAAUUCCUGGGGAAGGUGGGAGCCUGGGCAGGGGGAGGCGAAAGAGAGAGUCCCCAGGACUGUGGAUGGGACAAGUCUCCAAGCUUGUCAACAAGGAUACCCCAGGGAGCUGCAAGGAGACAGAGACUGGUAUCCCUGAGGCUCGAGGGUCCUUAGCCAAAACUCCACUGCAGGGACUCUUCAUAAUACCACCGGAUACUGGGACAUCAGAAGCAGCCCAGAACGCCCUUAUUGGGGCUCCUACCAGUGAGAAGAGAUACCCUACAGGGUCUCCAGAGCCCCCCAGUGAAGAUAGGAAGGCGAGUGUAUCUGGGGCUGAUGUGGAGAGCAUCAGUGGCUGCAGCAGCAACCUGGCCUUGCAUCUUGGCUCUCAGAUCCUGGGUGAGGUAAACAACUUCCCUUGGGACCUACAGAGCUCCCGUGGAUCUAUGCCAGGUAUGGGUCAGGGAGGCCCUGGGCUCAGAGAUCAACAUGCCUGCCCAUACAUGGUGCCCCAGUUGUCCCACAUGCAGAGCUCUGCUGAAGAGCAGUCAGAGAGUGACGACUACUCUGAGGAUCAGAGGUUCUACCAGCACAUCCUUCAGAUGGUCAAGAUCUCUAGGCGGCUGGAAGGCCUGGGGCUGCCUGAAAGCAUGCAGGAAAUGCCAAGCAAAGACAUCGCCAGCAUGGUCUGUUGCAUGGCUGCUGAGUCUUCCAGGAUGUCUAGUGAGGGUGAGCAAGAGGCCAUCAGAACCAUGGAGAGGGACUCAAGGUUUCUGGUUUGGGGGCCAGAGCUGCUGGAACAUCCUCAGGAGUUAGCCCUUGGUCCAGCUGAGCAGGAGGCCCCUCAGCAAGCCCAUUGCCAGCCAAACAGCAGCCCCUUCAGGCAGGGGAUAGUCGAGCUGAAUCCCAGCAGAGGGCCUGCUGCAGAGCCAGGCAAGAUGCAACUUCUCAACCAGGCUCUGGGUUCUUCUUUAGCCCCAGUCCACAUUCCUCUUGGGGGCUUGGCUCCUUUGCGAGGCCUCAUGGAUCCCCCGCCCUUUGCUCUUCGAGGACCUCAAAGCGCGAGCCUGGGGAGCUCAGCGGAGUCCGGUCAGCUUGGAGAACUCCCCCUGGAGCCUCCACAGGGUCUGAAGACUUCUGUAUAUACAAAGGGCCUCUUGGGCUCCAUCCAUGAGGACAGGAAUGCUCUCAGCCUCUUGGGCUUAGGGGAGGAGACCAAUGAGGAGGAUGAAGAGGAAAGUGACAACCAGAGUAUCCGCAGCUCCAGUGAGCUUCUUAAGAACCUGCACCUGGACCUUGGGACCCUGGGGGGAGACUUUGAAUAUGAGGAGUCUCCAAGAACAAGUCAUCCAGAGGAGAAGAAGGAUGUUUCUCUUGAUUCAGAUGCUGCUGGCCCCCCUACUCCUGGCAAACUCUUCAGCCAAGGUGGAGAUAGCAGUCUGAGCAGUUCUGGUGGCAAAGAGCCACAGGAAAGAGGGGCUAGUCCUUGGUUUCCAGAAAAAGAAGAGAAUAAGAAGAGUGAUCCUGGGGCUUCCACAAAUCUGAUGACACCUGGGGUGGACCAUGGAGGUGAUCAGCCUGCCAAGUCCUCUGAAAAGGAGCCACUGGAGGACCCAGUUGAUGCAGGAGAGGAUUCCAGGAAGGAAGAGGCAACAAAUGAGCCAAAGAAAGAGACUUCUGUCCCAAAAGAAAACAGAUCAGAUGCCAGGGAAGAGUCGAAGAUUAGUGAGCAUGUGAAAGAACCAAACCUCUCUGAUUCCGUGGCUUCUGACCCCAAGUCCUUCUUUGGCAUGGACUUUGGUUUUCGCAGCCGGAUCUCAGAGCGCCUGCUGGGUAUUGAUGUAAUUUCCCCAGUUCUGGAUGGAGCCUGUUGGGAGGCUCAGAGGUUAGGAAGAGACGACUCAGAUACUAGCCAGUGCAGCCAAGAUGAACAGCAGAGCAAACACUCCAAAGGCUCCGAGAGGUUAUCUCCUCCACUUCUGCAUGGGGAGCAGCUCCAGAGUCCCCUUUAUAACCAGGCCACUGAAGGAGGGCCUCCACAGAUUCCCAAGGGACAAUCUGAGUGGGAGGAAGUGGAGGAGCCUAGAGAGGACUCUGGAGCCAGCCCCACACCACUGGUGUCCGUCCUCAGGGAGCAGCCUCCGAGCCCACCUGUGGUCCAUGAGAGGGGCAAGGAGCAGCAUUCCCAGGCUGAGGAGCCAUGCCCUGGGCAAGAAAAGACUGAGGACCCUGAGGAAAAGGUGGUGGUCAGCCCCACCUCGACAGUCUCUCUAGAAGUGAGAUAUGCAGAGCCUCUGGCUCUCCCAAAAGAGCUUUCUGAGGCUGCACUAAAGGCCAUGGAAGAGGCAGUGGCCCAAGAACUCAAAGAAGAUCAGAGGUUACUGCUAGAAUUGCAGCAAAAGAAGAUGCAGCAGCUUCGGGAGAAGCUGUGGCAAGAGGAGGAGGAGGAGAUUGUCCAGCUUCACCUGCAGAAGGAGAAAACCCUCAGUUCCCUGAAGGAGCAGCUGCAGAAGGCCACUGAGGAGGAAGAGGCUCGGAUGAGAGAGGAGGAAGGCCAGAGGCUGUCCCAGCUCAGAGCCUGGGUCCAAUCCAGCACAGAAGCAGAUGAGGAACAAAUCAGAGCUGAGCAAGAGGCUUCCCUGAAAAGGCGGAGAGAAGAAUUAGAGUCCCUACAGAAAGCUGAGAUGGCCAAUUUGGAACAGAAAAGCAAGUGGACAUUGGACCAACUCAAGGAAGAGCUGGAGGCUUCAGAGAAGAGAGCUGAGGCCACCCUUAAGGCUGAGAAGGAGGUGGCUCUGCAGCAGCUGAAGGAGCAACUAGAAGCGGAGAGGAGAGAAGCGAUGGCAGGGCUAGAGAAGUCGCACAGUGCUGAGCUGGAGCAACUUUGUUCCUCAUUGGAGGCCAAGCACCGGGAGGUGGUCUCUGGCCUCCAGAAGAAGAUAGAGGAAGCUCAUCAGAAAGAAGAGGCCCAGCUGCGGGAGAGUCUUGGGUGGGCAGAGCAGAGAGCUCACCAGAAAGCUCACCAGGUGGUGGAGUAUGAGCAAGAGCUCAGCAGCCUCCUGCGAGAAAAGCGCCAGGAGAUAGAAAGGGACCAUGAAAGGAAGAUGGACAAGAUGAAGGAGGAGCAUCGGCAAGUGAUGGCAGAGGCCAGAGAGCGGUAUGAAGCUGAGGAGAGGAAGCAGAGGGCUGACCUCCUGGGGUACCUGACUGGAGAGCUGGAGCGCCUGCGCAGAACCCACGAGCGAGAAUUAGAGACCCUGAGGCAGGAGCAGGACCAGCAGCUGGAGGACCUUCGGCGUCGGCACCGAGAGCAGGAAAGGAAACUCCAAGAUUUGGAGAUGGAACUUGAAAGCAGAACAAAAGAUAUCAAGGCCAGAUUGGCUCAGCUGAACAUCCAGGAAGAAACCUUGCAGAAGGAGAAGCAGCAGCUGCUUGAUGUGCAGAGGCAGGUGGCUCUGGAGAGAGAGGAAGUCACAGUCAACCAUCAGCACCUGGAGGAGGUGAAGAAGGAGCAUACCCACUUGGUGGAGUCCAAGCGACAGCUCCAAAGGAUUCUUGAAGAGCUGCAGGCCCGCAAGAUAGAGCUGGAGUCCCAAGUGGAUCUGCUGCAGAUGCAGAGUCAGAAGCUGCAGAAGCGUGUCAGCAGCCUGGAGGCUGAAGCUCAGAGGAAGCAGGACAUCUUGAAAGAGCUGGCAGUGGAGGAACGUAAUGCUUCCCCACAUUUUGAGCCAGAUCUCCACAUUGAGGACCUGAGGAAAUCCCUUGGGACAAACCAGACCCAAGAUGUGUCCUCUUCUCUGUCCCAGGGCAAGGAGACUAACUUAUCCUUGGACGGUAUCCGCCACUACCUCUCCGCCGAGGGGAUAGCCCUCCGCAAUGCCAAGGAGUUCCUGAUGCGACAGACACGUUCCAUGCGUAAGCGGCAGACAGCCCUGAAAGCUGCCCAGCAGCAUUGGUGCCACAAGCUGGCCAGAGUCCAGGAGGUGGCUGAUGACCCUCCAGGCACUGAGGCUCUACAAAAUAUGCGCAAGAACCUGGAGGAGGAGACCAGGUACCUGGAUGAGAUGAAGUCAGCCAUGAGGAAAGGCCACGGUCUGCUGAAGAAGAAAGAAGAGAAGCUGAAUCAGCUGGAGUCCUCUAUUCGGGAAGAGGCCUCAGAUGAAGACACUUUGAGAGGAACCCCCACCAAGAAGGCAGUGACCUUUGAUCUCAGUGACACGGAAGACACAAGCAGUGAAAGCUCAGAAUCCUUUCCCCUGCUUCACAGUGAGCCAUGGCGGCAGCAGGGAGUUACCUCCACCUCAAGUACCAUCUUCCCCAAUAAGAUCAAUUACUUGAGCAGCUCCCUCCAGCGGAUCAGCAGUGAGCUCAACAGUGUCCUCAACAUUCUGGGCAGCCUCAGCACCCAGCCACCCCCUUCGCUCUCCAAUUCCUGGCCAUCUCAGUUCUUGCCGCGGUCUUCCAAGAGCACCCCGCUUCCCUCCUACCCCUUUAUGAACAGGGUUCCAUCCACGUCUCCGGUUACACCCGUGUCCACCCAGUGGGCCUGGGACCCAGGGCUGGGCCCCCGGCUCCCCUCUGUGACUCAGACAGUGGACGACUUCCUUUUGGAGAAGUGGCGCAAGUAUUUUCCCUCUGGCAUCCCCCUGCUCAGCAAUAGCCCUACCACCAUGGAGAACCGCCUGGGCUAUGUGUCUGCCAGUGAGCAGCUCCGCCUUCUGCAGCAUAGCCAUUCCCAAGUCCCCAAGGCAGACAGCACCAACUUUCAGAGCAUGAUUGAUGCUAACCGCAAGUGGCUAGAGCGUUUCAAGAAUGACUCCAAAUCACAUGUUUUUUCCUCGGUGCCCAAGCCUACAGCCACUUCCAGCAUGAUGUUGCAGCUGGGCCUGGAUGAUGACAACGUCCUGCACGUAUACCACUACUGAGUGACCAGUCGGCAUGGAGAGACUCCUCCCCCUCGGGACCCAGGCCCAGGGAGCCACCUGUACUUCCUGCUUCUGAGAAAGCAUUUUCCUGUCUGCUCUGCUGCACCCCUUAGGACCUGAAAGAACCACAGGGCUGGGUGUGGGUGGAAAGGAUGGUGUGACUCAAAUAGUAAGCCAUACUCUGUGACCGUGGCCCGUGUUUUGACCUGAAGUGUGUGAGCUUCUUUGAGCUCCUGCAUCAACAUGGCAGCACUGAUGGGCAUGGCUGCUGCUGGGCCUGCUCAGGGUUGGAAGGCAGUUCUCUUCAGAGCCAAGGGGAUCCCUCCAGAGCCACCCUGGUCCCUUGGACCUUCAGGGACCUGCUUAGAGGUUCCCAGCACACCUGUACCCUGGGACCUGGCUCCUGUGGCCUGCACCUAUCUCCAGUACCUCAGCCUCAGAGAGGUCAAAUCCUUUCUUUGUUCUUUUGUCUUUUUUUUUUUGUUUUGUUUUUAAUGUCUCCUUUUUGAACAUUCUUUCCCUCCUAGUGACCAUCUCAGGAUUUGGUUCAGCUGUUCAGGCCCUGCCGGAGGCUGGACCUCAGAAGUUUUGCCUCUUUUCUCUCAGCCAGCACUGUGCUUUCCUCAGGGCUGUCUCCAGGAGCACCCUCUAAUUCCCUGAAGCUCCUGGGAGCCCUCCAGCCAGCAUCUCAGGUCCCAAGCACACCACUUCUUCAGGAAGCCAAAAACCAAAACGAAAACACCCACAGGAAAAGACCGGGAUGGCCUCUGGUCCUCAACUUGCUUUCUUUCUCUUUCUAGAGUACCUUUGGUGCAUUCAUGGACUCGGUUUCUACCUGUCUUUUCUACCUUGCCACCCCCUGCCCCAAUCCCACUGCUGCCUCUUCCCAGAGCUUAGUGUGAAGACUGGACCAGUGCCCAGCAUUGUCAGGGGGGCCCUUAUACCAGGUGGAGCUGCUGUUCUCAGGCAUCUGUCCCAUUGUUUAAACAAAGUGUCCCCAUUUUUCAUGUCUUGAAAGCUGUGGGGUUGCCCUUGCCAGAGAAACCAACACUCGCUGUCUCACCACUCAUUUCUUUGCCAUGGAAUAAGACUGAGAUCCAGUUGGCUUUUUUACCCCCUCACAUAUGUUUUAGGCAUCAGCCUACCACCUAGAAAAUGUCCUAUUUGUUAUUUGGCUUAUUCUGUGUGCUUUGGGAAUAGCUCAUGUGAUACGACCAGCUCUGGUGACAAUCCUGUGUUUUAUGCAUCAAUUAAAAUCUCUGCAGGUCCAUUUUCUACAA